CUGCAUUUUUUACGCUAGACCCAGAACGUUCUAGGGCGUCCCAUCUGUUGCUCCUUUCUCUAGUGUCUCUCUUCCGGCCUCGUCUCGGAUUGGAUUGCAAACGCCCGAUUCUAGGGUUUCGAUCGCCGCCUCUCUCGGGAUUCGAAGUUCGCUUCUCCUUCGUCUCCAUUCCAUUGGCUGAGGGCACAGCAGAGGAGGAGGGCAAGAUGGGGUUCCAGAUGCGGCCGUACGGGAUCCAGGCGAUGCUCAAGGAAGGGCACAAGCACUUAUCGGGGCUCGACGAGGCGGUGCUCAAGAACAUUGACGCUUGCAAGGAGCUCUCCGUCAUCACCCGCACCUCACUCGGCCCCAAUGGUAUGAAUAAAAUGGUCAUCAAUCAUCUGGACAAGCUCUUUGUAACAAAUGAUGCUGCCACUAUCGUGAAUGAGCUUGAGAUCCAGCAUCCUGCUGCCAAAAUUUUGGUGCUGGCAGGAAAGGCUCAACAGGAGGAAAUUGGUGAUGGAGCUAAUCUUACAAUCUCCUUCGCUGGGGAACUCCUUCAAGGUGCAGAGGAGCUUAUCAGGAUGGGGCUGCAUCCAAGUGAAAUAAUUAGUGGCUAUACAAAAGCAAUCAAUAAGACAGUGGAAAUAUUAGAUGAGUUGGUUGAGAAAGGAUCAGAAACUAUGGAUGUGAGAAAUAAAGAUGAAGUUGUUUCUCGAAUGAAAGCUGCUGUUGCUAGCAAGCAGUUUGGGCAAGAAGGUAUUCUGUGUCCUCUUAUUGCUGAUGCAUGCAUCCAAGUCUGUCCAAAAAACCCAGCAAACUUUAAUGUAGAUAAUGUUCGAGUUGCAAAACUGCUUGGUGGUGGUUUGCACAACUGCACAGUUGUUCGUGGUAUGGUCUUAAAAAAUGAUGCCAUCGGGAGUAUAAAGAGGAUGGAAAAGGCAAAGAUUGUGGUGUUUGCUGGAGGUGUUGAUACAUCUGCAACUGAAACAAAGGGAACUGUUCUCAUCCAUAAUGCUGAACAGCUAGAAAAUUAUGCAAAAACUGAAGAAGCCAAAGUUGAGGAGCUCAUUAAAGCAGUUGCUGAUUCAGGUGCCAAGGUGGUUGUAAGUGGAGCUGCAGUUGGAGACAUGGCAUUACAUUUCUGCGAGCGCUACAAACUCAUGGUUCUAAAAAUUAGCUCGAAGUUUGAAUUGAGGAGGUUUUGCCGUACAACCGGUGCCGUAGCUCUUCUAAAACUUAGCAGACCAAAUCCUGAUGAGCUGGGAUAUGCUGACUCUGUCUCAGUGGAAGAAAUUGGUGGCGUUCGGGUGACUGUUGUGAAAAAUGAAGAAGGUGGAAACUCAGUUUCUACUGUGGUCGUACGGGGUAGUACGGAUAGUAUAUUGGAUGACCUUGAAAGGGCUGUUGAUGAUGGUGUUAAUACGUACAAGGCAAUGUGCAGGGACAGUCGCAUAGUUCCUGGGGCUGCUGCUACUGAGAUAGAGUUGGCAAGAAAGUUGAAAGAGUUUUCCUUUAAAGAAACAGGAUUGGAUCAGUAUGCCAUUGCGAAAUUUGCAGAAAGCUUUGAAAUGGUUCCUAGAACCCUAGCUGAGAAUGCGGGGCUGAAUGCUAUGGAGAUUAUUUCUUCCUUGUAUGCUGAACAUGCUGCUGGAAACACCAAUGUCGGCAUUGGUUUGGAAGAAGGUGUCUGCAAGGAUGUCUCAACCAUGAGUAUCUGGGAUCUCCAUCUUACCAA